GCCUGUACGGGUGUUUAACUCUAUCCAAAUAAGGCCUGCUGCCUGAAAGGAAAGAGUCCCACUAUUUCUCUCUUUCUGACCGGGAAAAAAAUAAUCGUUGUCUCUUCCACUGACCACUGCUCCUCUAUCUCACCGGAGUUCUCGUCUCUCAUCCAUCUCUCAGCCGUGUUCCGUGACGAGCUGAGUCUUCACGCCACCGCCUCCGGUUCGCUGCAAGUUGCUGCUUGUUUGAAAGAAGCGGAUACGAUGAAUGGAGACGCCAAGAAAGAAUCUUCCUUGGUGAAGAUAAAAGUAUUGUUUUUUGCAAGAGCACGAGACAUUACUGGCUUGAGUGAGAUGCUACUUGAGGUUUCAUCUGGAAGCACCACUCAAGACUGUUUGAAGAAACUUCUUGUAGUGUUUCCGAGCUUGGAAGAGAUUCAAGGGUGCAUGGUUUUGGCGCUGAACGAGGAGUAUGCAGCAGACACAACAGUUGUUCAAGACAAAGAUGAGUUGGCCAUAAUACCUCCAAUUAGUGGUGGUUGAGGUGAAACAAACAUCUUUAUUUGUUGCAGCAGGGUAUUUUUUCUACUCUUAAAAACAUAAUUUCAAUAUUAAUAAAUGCAUAAGCUUGUAUAUUAUCAAAGCAUUUUAAGCAAUGUCUUCAGCCUCUUGAGAAGUUAAAGUCUAUGAAAUUAGUUAUCCUACCAUCAAUCCAUCAUGUAUAUUGAAAAUGAUUGUAUAAUAAGAUUUAUUGUAAACUUUUAUCGGCUA